CGGCCUUAGGGGACUUUACAAGUGUGAGCAAGUCUGGCUUGGGGAGUUUGUAAAGCGAGAGACAGGCUGGGACAGAAUGGCCACGGGGACACGCUACGCCGGGAAGGUGGUGGUGGUGACCGGGGGCGGGCGCGGCAUCGGAGCGGGGAUCGUGCGGGCCUUCGUGGACAGCGGGGCGCAGGUGGUCAUCUGUGACAAGGAAGAGAGUGGGGGUCGCGCCCUGGAGAGGGAACUUCCUGGUACCCUUUUCAUCCUCAGUGAUGUGACUAAGGAGGCAGAUAUGAGGGUCCUGGUCUCUGAGACCCUGCGCCAAUUCGGCCGUCUGGAUUGUGUGGUCAACAAUGCCGGCUACCAUCCACCCCCGCAGUGGCCUGAAGAGACUUCUCUCCAAGGUUUCCGACAGCUCCUGGAGGUGAACCUGCUGGGGAUGUACACCUUGACCAAGCUCGCCCUGCCUCACCUGCGGAAGAGUAAAGGGAAUAUCAUCAACAUCUCCAGCCUGGUGGGAGCAAUCGGCCAGCUCCAGGCAGUUACCUACGUGGCCACCAAGGGGGCUGUCACAGCCAUGACCAAGGCCUUAGCUCUGGAUGAGAGUCGACAUGGUGUCCGGGUCAAUUGUAUCUCCCCUGGAAACAUCUGGACACCGCUGUGGCAGGAGCUGGCGGCCGCAGCUCCGGACCCCAAGGCCGAAAUUAAAGAAGGCACGCUGGCCCAGCCCCUGGGCCGCAUGGGCCAGCCUGCCGAGGUGGCGGCCGCCGCCAUGUUCCUGGCCUCCGAGGCCAGCUUCUGUACCGGCAUCGAGCUGUUGGUGACUGGGGGUGCAGAGCUGGGCUACGGUCGAAAGGCUAGUCCCGGGACCCCUGUGAAAGUGCUUCCGGACGCUUGCUGAUCUUCCAGGCUUGUCCCCGGGCGCGGGAGGACUACAACUCCCGGCAGGCCUCGGGGCAGACUCCGGAGGGGGCGGGGCGUCGGGAAGCUGAGCCGCGGCCCCGUCUGAGCGCUGAUUAAAAGGCCCGCAAGGGAGACUGGA